AGAGUGAUACCAGGGACGGGUGAACUGCAGCGCCUAUGGCAUUGGGUUGGCUUUGUAGGCGUGCUCCAAAUGUGACACGGCCAAUUGGACAGGGGAUUUCAGAUGCCCUGUCUCCCACAAGGUCUGCACUUUUGCUGCAAUCCCCGUUCAACUUGUUCAUUCAAGCUUUCUUCCUCUUCUUGCACAGAUCACGAAGAGAGCGUGUUUCAACAGAGGGCAAGGUAAAUGUUCAUCAUUUUAUGAACGCUCAGGUCUUUGUUCACGAGCAAUUGGAACAUGGUGCACGUAGGAAAUUCUUACGACAAUUUUCUACUCUGAGGUUGUGGGUUCCUCAAUUCGGUAUGAAUUAUAGUAAUUCCGACGCUUACAGGGGUGACUGCGUUGUUGAAUCUUUUAGAGUAGGCUUGCGGCGCUGUUGGAGAUCAUUGAAUACAAAUUGCUGGGCACGAGACCUAGACAAAGGAAUUGGAGCAGGACGCCCAGGAGAGGCUUCUAACAAAGUUAGGAAGCAGCCAUUAGAUCGUACCUGUCGAACUGGCUCAAGUAUUAAGCAUUUGAAAGAUCGUUGCUUUGAUGACAUUAUCGAGAAAGAUAAGCUUCUUAAGAUUGUUUUGUGUAUCAAGGACCUCCUAGGAGCUGAGCCGAGCCGAUCCAUGACUAUAUUGGACCUGGGCAAGAACAAGGAAGAUUUAGGGUUCAAGGGAAAUGGGCGUCUUGUCGCAUUCUUAAAACGUUACCCGGGUGUUUUUGUAGUUCACGAGACUGCGGGAUUUGGAAAUCUACCUUGGUUUCAGUUUACACCAGAAGCAGAAGCUGCCUUUGUAGAGGAAUUGGAAGUACGAAAAGGAAUGAGCAGCGAGGUUGUCAUAAAGCUGCAGAAGCUUCUAAUGAUGUCAAGUGAUAGGACGCUCUUAUUAUCAAAAAUUGCUCACCUUGGGCGAGAUUUAGGUCUUCCUGAUGAUUUCAGGAAAAGUUUUGUGAAUGAGUAUCCAAACUAUUUUCGCGUUGUAGGAAGUAAAUGUACUCUUGAUUCUGAAGGUCCUAAACUGGAGCUCGUUAGAUGGAGCGCUCGUCUGGCUUUUACAGAAGUUGAGUUAAAAGCUAAAGAAUCCGGACGUGAAUUAGAAGCCACUACCGAAGCCAUGAAAUAGUUCUGACUAUCAAUGGCAUGUAGAGGAAUCGAACAAAUGGGCAUUUCUGGUCAUGAAUAUGGUGGACUUGUUAACAGUGGGGUUACUCGACGAAUAGUGAAAAUGUGAAAAAUUAUGGAAGUAAUCGAUGUCUCUUUUUUUGCUCUUUUUAUCAUGUGAAGUAGCUUCGAACUCAGUUAUGCAGCUGACAUGACGAAGGUGGUUGUCA